GGUGGUAUUAGAAAACCUUUGCAAGAGGAAAUUGUGGAAACACGUCAAGGAAGCUUUACAAAGGUUGAAAUUUUUGAACCUAAGACAAAAAGUUUGGACAUACCUCAACUCCGAUGCUGGCUAAAGGAUAUAUACUUCCCAUAUAUUCAGUGUGACGAGAUGUCCAACACAGGGAAGACCAUCACGCCAGUAGAGUUUGAGGUCAAUGGCAUUAAUUUGGCUGAAAUUGAAGGUGGGGAGGUUGCAACUACGAACUUGCAUUCUUGUAAUGGGCCUGACUUUGUUUUACAGCUUCAUUUCUCCUUGAAGCAAGCCAGUGUUACCAAAAGUCCAGGUUCACGGUUGUAUCGAGAAGCCAAUGCACGGCUGAAAUUUGUUUAUUUCCCUGUUGUUGAGGGAAAAGAGAGUAUGGAGAAGAUUUUGGAGAAGCUAAAAGCUGAUGGACAUGAAAUCACAGAUAUAUACAAUACCUUUAGCCGUGUUUCAGUUCGGCGGCUUGGCCGUCUCCUUCCAGAUGCUCGCUGGGCAUCACUUCCCUUCAUGGACUUGAGGCACAAGAAGGGAAGUAAGGCUCAGAUAUUGAAGACUUGUUGUGCUCGAGUUAAAUGCUUCAUUGAUAUUGAUGCCGGCAUCAAUCCAACACCAUCUAAGACGGAUCUAGCACACCAGAAUCCUUUUGCCAUUGCUCUGAGGAACUUUGGCAAUAACACAAACGAGAAUGAAAAAGGAAUAGAUAUCGAAGUUUAUAGGGAUGGAAAGUUGUUGAGUUCUUCGCAAGUCGAAAAGGACUAUCAAGAUUGGAUUCUUCAGAUGCACAUGCAGUACGAUGAAGAAGUUGAUCACGGGGAAGAUCAACCAGUUCUUAUUGUUAGCCCUGCAAAAGGAAAAGAAGUGGGCAUUUCAUCUGAUGUUAUGAGAGUUCAUAAAGUUCUUAAGAGGAAAGGAGUAACCUGGAAAUCUGGCCAGAAAAUAAAAAUUUUGAAGGGAGCAUGUGCUGGUGUUCACAAAAAUAAUGUCUAUGCAACACUAGAAUACUUUUUGCUUGGAGGUUUCGAAGGUGAUGCGGGUGGAGAAGCUCGGAUUAUAUGCAGGCCACUUGGUACAUCGGAUGAGAAUGGGUGCAUUCUUUCUGAACAUAACGGGAAGACUAGUCUGGAUAAGCAAAGCUCCUUGUCCAUUCCUGUCAGUGUUAUUGAUGCCGAAAAGUGCAUACCUCUUGAAGCUACCGAGUGGAAUCAGUUAGUGGAGAAGCACCGACAGAAAUGUCCUUCUACAAUUGACUUGCUAAGUACGAAAGAAUAUCAAGAAUUGGAGAUUGGGGGGGAGGAACUGCCUGCGAUUGUUACUGCAGGAAAAGCUUCUCCCAAGGAAAUUGUGGCUGUUGUACGUCCUGCCAAUUAUGGACCUCAGAGUGACCAUUUGCAACAGAAAUAUAUUUCUAAAUGUAAAACAGAAAUGUUGUUGGAAGUAAAGUUCAAUGGCGCAAACAAAGAUGUUGGAAAUGGGGAUCACCUUUGUUCAUGGCGGGUCACGCCUUCUUCACAUAAAGGAAUCCAUGGUUUAUAUGUCUUUUCACUUGGACGCAAGUUCUCAAACUUGUUUCAAAAAGUGGGCUUCUAUACAUUUUCAUUCUCUCUUACUGAUUCAAGUUGCAAAAAUUUUGUCAAAAAAGUUAAUGUCAAGGCCUCUUCUGAGAUCAGAAAGUGGAAAGUCUUAAGCAAUAACCGGAGUUUACCCUAUAGCUUCAGGGUUGGUUCCUUUUCUGGGCCUCCUAUUGUUGUUGCAUGUUAUGACAUUUAUGACAAUCAUACUCGAUUUACAUCUACUCCUCAAGUUCAAGUCAAGAUCCAAGCAAAAGAGGGCAUCCUUUUCCAUGUAAAAGAUUUUAAGCCCCGAGUUUCAUAUUCUGGAAUGGAACUGAGAGUUAAGGACUUGCUGAUUCAAAGUAGUGAAUUGGACAAGAUUCGGCCAGGAUAUGGAGCCACUUUGGUCAUAUCUAGUUCGGAUAAGCUAUUCUCUGCUUCCAUACCUUGUCAUGUUAACCCUGGAUGUAUAGAAGUUGUUAAGACGCGACCAUCAAUUUUGGCUAACCAACUGAUUCCGGGUUGCAUUAUUAAAGAGCUUAAAUUAGAGAUGUUUGAUGGACAUGGCAAUCAUGUAAUGGAAGGCUCUGAAGUUCAAUUGAAUUUGGAGGGUUUUGAGAUACUAGAUCAACUAGGAUUGAAUCGUAAGGUGGAUGAUUGUGGUGGCAUCAACCUUAAUGGCAUCCUGAAAGUUACUGCUGGUUAUGGAGCAAAUGUCUCAUUCUCUGUAUCAUCAGACAAUAAAGUUUUAAUCAAGCAAGAAUUCAAAAUUGAGAGAAGGGAACUGAGACUGGUAUCAAAGGUACCUGAUGUUCUUAUGGCCGGUUCUAUCCUUGGAAAUAUGGUUUUUGAAAUUGUCAACUCUGAGGGUGAUGUUGACGAAACUAUCCAUGAUGAAGAUAAAAUUGGCCAAUCAAAUUUGCUAACAAUUAAGUCUGAUUUGGAUGGUAUGAUGGAGUCUGUCCGGUAUACUUUCAAGCAUGGGCGAUGCACUGUUCCUGUUAUUCCCGUACCUCAGAGAGAGGGAAGCUUUUGUUUCUCAGCUUGCCAUUCUCGUCAUUCAAAUCUGAAACUGCUUGUAAAGGUUCCUUUGGUGAAGCCCGCGAUGCCAAUGGUUACUCCAAAACUGGAGUAUGGGAAGAUUCAAUCUACUCCUUCAGAUGGAAAAAUAUUGCUUCUACAGGACUCAUCUUCUCCUACGCAAGUAGAAAAUAAAAUUAUCAUGUCUAUUGAGAAUAAGAAAAAGAGACUUGAACAUGACCUGCUUUGCAUGGGUGUGUCAAUCGGAACAUUGGAACGAACACUCGGUUUGCUUAAAGAGGAGAAGGAAAAACUUGAGCAAAUGGUGAAAGAGUUGCAAGAGUCUACCAGUGUUUGUCUAGUGGAUUUCCAAAAUUGCUUUUGCACUAAAGUGGAACUGACAGAGGAGAUAGAAAAGAUGGGUAAUUCUGCCGCUGCCGCUCUCUGCAAGAUCUCUAGAAGAGUUCCAUUCCAAGAGCAACAGAAUGAUUUCAUGAAAGAUAUAAUAGGAGUGGUUGCUCUCCUUGGUAGAGUCAAUUCCAGUCAGCUUAGCAGGAUAUUGUCAGAAUACUUGGGCCUAGAUCAAAUGCUUGCAGUCGUCACUAGAUCUUUUGAGGCUGCAAAUGUUCUUCAGAAGUAUAAACAGAAUGAAGGUGAUUGUAGCGAUGCUCGUCUUGCAGAGGGAGUUGCACUUUUGAAAUCCAUAAAGGAUCGCUUUACUGUUUUUUGCCUUGAAGACAUAAGUCCUUACGUAGCUGCGCCCGAGUGUGGUGGCUCUCAGAGAAACCUGCCCUUACCAGUCCCUUUUAUACCUGAUGGAACCGUCCCAACAGGUUUUCUGGGAUUUGCAGUGAAUAUGAUUGAUUUAGACGUUGAUCAGCUGCAAAUAAAGACCACGUCAGGCCAUGGACUUCGCGAGACAUUAUUCUACGGUCUUUUUGGUCAGCUCCAAGUUUAUCGGACAAGGGACGAGAUGUUAGCUGCGCGUGCUUGUAUAAAACAUGGUGCCGUUUCUCUAGAUGGUGGAAUUUUGAAAGAAAACAGCGGGGUCACUUUUGGAACCAGGAAUCCCGGAAUAUGUUUUCAAGUUGUCGCAAGGGAGACCGAGUCUGUUUCUGGAGAAAAUGUGAAGCUGCUUGCAGAAAAGAAAUCGCAGUUGAGAGAGCUCGAGCAGCGUAUUGUGGUGGAAAUGAAGACUCGUGAGAAAACAAUAAAGAAGUUCAAGAGGAUGAAGAGUAAGUAUCUCAAGUUAGCGGACGAGAUGAAUCCUUUACUUGAAGACUUCUAUUCGGAGCACGGAAUUCAACCAACUCUAACACAAGAAACAGCCGGGGCACGUCGAAGGGAUUAAAAUUCUGUAAUUUGCUGCUAUAUCACUGCGCUAUAUCAUUGCUUUAAGUACAACAUACCAUAUGUAUGUAUUUAUGGACUUCUAUGUAUAUAUGUGUAUAUAUAUUUUAAAAUAUGAA